UUUAUGCAUGAGACAGAAUGUGAGUCUAAGUACACUAUUCUUUGCUUAGCAGUUAUGAUCAGUUACAGUCUGGUGAAAAUCAUGAAUUGCAUUAUUUUAUUGUCUUUUAUGUAAUUUACUGUUGCAUCUGCUUUUAAGAAAAUCUGAAUGAACACCGAAUGGAUAGUUAUAAUCAAACAUCUACAGGUUUUAUCUUAUUGGGAUUGUUUCCCCCAUCAAAAACAGGCCUGUUCCUCUUCAUUCUGAUUGUUCUCAUCUUCCUGACAGCUUGGAUUGGCAACCUGUCCAUGAUCCUCCUUAUUCUCCUGGAUUACCAUCUCCACACACCCAUGUAUUUUUUACUUAGUCAGCUUUCUCUCAUUGACUUAAAUUACAUCUCUACCAUUGUCCCUAAAAUGGUGUCUGACUUUAUGUUGGGAAAUAAGUCCAUCUCCUUCAUUGGCUGUGGGUUUCAGAUCUUCCUUUUCUUGACUUUUGGGGGUGCUGAAACCCUUUUGCUGGCAUCUAUGGCCUAUGAUCGUUAUGUGGCUAUUUGCUAUCCUCUCCACUAUGCCUCACGUAUGAAUAAAAGAACCUGUGCACUGAUGAUAACUGGAUCUUGGGUGCUGGGUUCCAUUAAUUCCUGUGCUCACACUGGGUAUGCUCUCCACAUUCCUUACUGCCGAUCCAGAGUCAUCAACCAUUUCUUCUGUGAUGUCCCUGCCAUGUUGACUCUAGCCUGCAUGGACACAUGGGUCUAUGAGUAUACAGUAUUUGUGAGCACAAUACUCUUUCUAGUGUUUCCAUUCAUUGGCAUAGUGUGUUCUUAUGGCCGUGUUUUUCUUGCUGUCCACCGCAUGCAUUCCGGGGCAGGGAAGAAGAAGGCCUUUUCUACCUGUAGCACCCACCUCACUGUAGUAACUUUCUACUAUGCGCCAUUUGCUUACACCUAUUUACGCCCAAGAUCCCUGCGAUCUCCAGCAGAGGACAAGAUUCUUGCAGUCUUCUACACAGUCCUCACACCAAUGCUCAAUCCUAUCAUUUACAGCCUGAGAAACAAGGAAGUGAUGGAGGCCCUGAGGAGGAUGACUCACAGAAUUUUCUUUGCAAAAAUGUAGACAAGUUGCCUACCUGAGUCCAGGACUUAGGUACAAGUAUACCCAGCACUGGCCUUCUCCAGUUAAAUCAUAAGACCCGAAAUAGUCCUUAAAGAGAUCAAGGAUGAUAAGGGGUUAAAUAUAGGGUGCAGUCUCAGUGAAAAUUAGGAACAAAAAUGUCAUUCUUUAAUCUUUUCACUUUUUUCUUCAAUUUUAUCUUUGAGAUUAUAAUAUUAUUACAUUUCUCCCUUACCACUCCUUCCUCCAACCCUUUCUUCUGUCCUUUCCACUUUCCUUCAAGUCCACAGCUUCUUUUUCAAUAAUUGUAUUUGC